AUGAAUAGACCAGGAGACAAUCAGCAGCAAUUGCAAGGUCAGCAAUCGCUUCCAGUGCCGCAGAAUGGUCCGGUUAUGUAUGGCAGUGGGAUCGUCUUCGGUGGCAAUGUGUAUCCCGUGUUGAUCGAUGGCGUGCCCAUCCAGCCUCCAGCGGGAGCUCAUCAGGCGGCGGUCCAGCAACGCAUGCAUAUGCAGCCCAUGCAGCAGCCUUCGGGCGAUCAUCAGAUGGUGGCGCAACAACGCAUCCCGAUGCCGCAGGGGCUCCAGGGUCCCCAUCCUCACCAGAAUAUUCCUAAGCCGCUGCCACAUCGUCGGGCCUAUCAGCAAAUUGAUGCCCCAACAGGGAGUAGAGGUCCUUCAAUGAGCCAGCAGGUGCGACCGUUUAACAACCAACAAAUGCAACUGCAACUGCAACAGCCACUGCGACCGCAGCAACAGCUGGCGGGAAUGGGCAAUGGUUCCUUCAACUUCAACCAUCAACCGAGUGCUGGUGGCGACUUUUCCGGAGGAUGGGACGGUUAUGCCAUGUGGCAGCCCAUAGACGUUAACAAAUCCUACGCGAUCGGCUGGAAUCCAUUCUAA